UUUUUUUUUCCUUACUAAUUUUUUCAUCAAGAUGCUUAAAUUAGCAAGAUCAAUCAUUGACACUGUCUUGGGUAGAAAGCGUGCUUUCGAUGCUGAUGAAGAAACUCAUGAUCAACAAGUCGAUACUAAAAAACAAAAACUCGAUUUGAUUCAUCGUGUCAAAGUGACCAACUUGCCCGAACGAGAACUGGCCUCUAUUAAAAAAUUCAUCAAGGAACGUGGCUAUAACCGUAUCAAGAAAGCACCUGAAUGGAACUAUGCCUUUAUUACUGUUAAUUCUGAAGCAGAAGCACUUCAAUGCGUCGAAAUCUUCAAUCAAGCUGAAUUCAAGCAUCGUAAAUUAAAGGGCGAAUACAUUGUUCAAACCGAACAAGAACACCGUGACAGAUUCCAAAAGCCCAAAAAGAAGAAAAACAGAAACCAACCUGAAUUUGACGAGAAUGAUACCCGUACACCCGCUGAAAAGUUGGCUGAUCAAGUCACUCCUUUCUGGAGAAUGCCUUAUGAAGAACAAUUGAUUAAAAAGAACCGUAAGGGAUACACUCAACUUCAAAACUUGAAGCGUGAAAUUGCUUCGCUCAAAGAUGUCCGUGAUGAAAGCCAACGGCCCCCUUGCGAAAUGCUUGAGCCCAUUGGGUCCCCUGAAAUCAAUGGUUAUCGUACAAAGUGUGAAUUCACGAUUGGUAAGAACUUAGAGGGUGAACCCACCGUAGGUUUCUUGUUGGGUCUCUAUAGAGAUGGUGUGGUAUCUGUUUUGGAUCCUAGUGAAUGUUUGAAUGUGAAUGAUACUGCCAAACAUAUUGCCAAGUCCAUGACGGAGUACAUUCAACGAUCAGAUUUGCCUGUCUAUGACCGUGUUGAGAAGACUGGCUGUUGGCGUACACUCUUAACCAAGACCCAAAGCACAGGGGAUAUCUUGAUCUUGGUUCAAAUGCGUGCUGCUGACUUGACCCCUGAGCGCUUAGAACAAGAAAAGCAAAACUUGAUUCAAUUCUGGACACAAGAAAGUGGUAUUCAAGUCACGACUUUGUUAUUCCAAGUCUGGGAUGGUCAUUCCAAUGGGUUCACAGACAAAGCUCCUGUUGAAACCUUGACAGGCGAUGGUUAUAUAUAUGAAGAAGUCCUUGGUUGUCGUUUCCGUCUUUCUGCUUCUGCCUUUUUCCAAAUCAACACACCAGCCACAAACAUUCUGUAUUCUAAAUGUGCUGAAUGGUGUAGUAUUGAUGCCAACAAAAAGACAACUCUAUUGGAUCUCUGUUGUGGUACAGGUACCAUUGGUAUUACAAUGGCCAAGUCUGUUGAACGUGUUGUGGGUAUUGAAAUGGUGCCUGAAGCCAUUAUUGAUGCAAGAGAAAAUGCUAAACUCAACAAUAUCGAGAAUGUAACAUAUUAUGCAAGCAAAGUUGAGGAUAAGAUUGACGUUGUGACAGGUGAAAAGAAUGAAGAAGUCAUUGCAGUUUUAGACCCACCUAGGUAACAAAAGAGUGAAGUAAAGCAUAGACUGAUUGAUGUUGGUAGAAAUGGUGUCCAUGCAAGUGUUAUUCGUGCUGUACGUGAUGCAGAACAUAUUGACCGUGUCAUUUACAUCAGUUGUGAUUCUAAGCAAGCCUUACCAAACUUUGUCACGUGAGUAACAAACAAACAAAAACAAUGGCAGCAUAUUUAUGCAUUUAUAGAUUAUGUCGUCCUCAAUCCAAUCGUUUCAAGGGGAUGCCUUUUAAGCCUGUCCGUGCUGUCUCUAUUGAUCUUUUCCCUCACACAGAUCAUUGUGAAUUGAUGGUUGAGUUUGUCCGUAUGAAACCAGAAGAAGAAGAAGAAGAACAACAACAA